AAGUACAGUGCCCACGUGGUCUGUCUGACUUCGAAAUGAGGUUGAAUAUUUCAGUUGACAGUGAGCACCCCCAGCGUAGGUAACUUCAGGCGCCAACAUGGCCGACUUAACCACUGGUGUGGCCGAAGUCGAAGUUGAGGUGGAAACUAUGGUGGAACCUCAACAAGAAGUUCAAAUUGAGACGCAGCCUAUGAUAGCCCUUCAGCCUCUGACAGAGCCUGAGAACGAAGAAAUCGUUGUUCAAACGACUGAAGAAGUUAUCGAGGAAUCAAAACACGCCAUAGUUGAAGAAGUGUCUAUCUCCACGACUCCUUCAGGCAAACAGAGAAAAAGCAGAGGAAGCAGGACUAAAGGUCUGGGAAGAUCGGGAAAGGGUCAUGUUAACUCUACUACAUCGAGUGCGUCAAACGCCUCGAACAGUGAGAGAGGGGGUGGUAUUGGAGAUACUGAACGCUCAGGUACGCGCAAAUGGGAACAAAAGCAAGUUCAAAUAAAGACUCUCGAAGGCGAAUUUGCCGUGACAAUGUGGGCGUCGGGUACGUUUCUGUAAAAUGGGCGCCCUUCUUUUUCAGAUUAAGUUGGUUUUAAGAGUUAAGCAUUCCUGCGAGGCAGGAAAAUCUCAUAUUUUCAUUUGUGUUUCUUGUCUUGUACGGGCUAUGGUGACGCUAUAGAGGAGAAAAAAGCUCAGCAAGAAGAGUUGAAUCAAGCUCCCGACUUCACCGAGUACAUGACUGGAAAAAAGAUACCUCCUGGUGGUCUUCCUGGAAUUGAUUUAAGUGAUCCGAAACAGUUAGCAGAGUUUGCAAGGUAAGAUGACUUUUCGUCCAGUUUGGCAGCCAUUUUGAAAUCCCAUGACAAACAGCAGCCUUUGUUACAACCAAAAUGGCGGACUGCAUCAUGGCCGCCGUUCGUUCGAUGCAAAGUGAUAAUCUGUGCUAUUUCUAUACUAUCCUUUCUAAAGGAUACUUAUUUGCGUGUUGCAUGUUACAAGAUAUAUUCGUGGAUUUUCUACCUACAAUUUUAAAGUUCUCUUCCGUAUGGAGUACACGAAACAGAAUCAUGCGUUUUUUUUUCGAUAAACAAAAGGUUCUCUUCCGCAGUGAAAUUAACCGUUCAGCGUUGGUUGUUUGAACACAUUUUGAUAUACUUCUCAGUUACUUGUCGUGAAAUGUUGGUGACUUGGCCCUGUCAAAUCUUUUUUAAUUUGUUGUUUCGUCAUUUUUACUUUUCUGCGAGCUUUUGAAGUAUUAUGGCAAAUUUUUGGGGAAAAUACAGAAAACACGAAUACACUCUUGAAAGGACAGAAACAACGAUUACGAAAUGGGAGCCAGUCAUAAAAAUGUGAUAUUGUUAAUUCCGUGUGUGUAUUUCUCGUUUGUUAUGUUCUAGAAAUUUGUACAUAGUACAAAAUGAAAUGAGGUAUUUGCUGCCCAGGCCUGUUGCUGCCUAUUUUAUUUUGUGUUGUUCCAUUCAAAGUGUAGCAAUCUUUUGUUGUAAAUGUAACCAAAUCUGCAAAUUUGAGUGAUGUUAGAGUAAUUUUAGACACAAGGAGAAGGUGUUAGCAACAGCUGAGAGGUUAAUUCAUUAGAAUUGUUGAAAUAUGCAUUGUUCUCUGAGUUCUGUACAAGGCCUCUGCCAUAGACUUAGAGGAAGUAGUUGAUCCUUCUGCCCAACUACAAUGUAUGUCGUUUCUCAUCAAUGCAUAGUGAUUUGGGAUAUAUAAGAUGGGAACUUAAAUGUAUGCAAUUCUUUGUAAAGGAUGUGAAUUGAAAGGAAAAUGGUGAAAUUAGCAGACACUGGUUUCAUUUCCCCAUUGUUUAUGUCUAUCUAUGUUGUGCAGGGUUUUCUCUAAGUUUUUAAGGGGUAUAUUUGACUGGAAAUCAGCCUGUGAUUUCAAUUUUUUUAUCCUUAGUUCAUUAUGUAUUCCAGAGGUAGAUGAAGAGUUAACCUCUGUUGGUUGAUUGUGUUCUGUUCAUCUGCGAGACUUUUGACUCUUGCAGUGCCUUUCUCCAUUUAGGAAUGUAAAUGGGUACCAGCUAAGGGAGUGGAGGGGGGAGGGGGUGGGGGAGUAAUCUGCAAUGGACUAGCAUCCCUUCCAGGGAAGUCUGCAUCUCUUCUUGUAGCUUCAUGCUGCAGAAACCAGGAGGAUUUGUGAAGAUUAGUCACAUGUGACUUGUGUCUUUUACUUGGCUUGUUGCUAUGACAUCUAAGGUAGUUAGUCAGACCUUGCAGAGAAAUCAGCAAAGUUUGCUGCCUUUUAAUUGAACCCUUUUCUAAGCUAUAAAUUUUGUAGGCUUGUAGUGGCAAAAGCCUCAAAGAAACUAGAUAUUUUGCCUUUUUUUCUCCUUGUUUUGGCUGGCUUGUGUUUUUUCAAGGAAGUGUCUAUUGAUAUGCCACAUUUUUUCCUAAAGUAUAUACUGUCAGUUUACCCAAAACAAAAUAGGAUUUUUAUUUGAAAGAAAUAAUUAAAGCAGAAUCACACCUGAACCCCUGCUUAGUAAGGAAAGGUUUAUAUGUUUUGCAGGAUGAGACCAAAGAAGAUGAAAGAGGAAGAAGGAGCAAGAACAAUAGCUUGUCCGCAUAAAGUAAGAAGCUUUUCAUCACAAAUCUAAUCCUUGAACUGUGUUGCAGCGGUGAACAAAAGAGUGUGUUGAAUUAAUUGUGCCCAGACCUCACAGGUGGUGUGCACAAAACUGUUUUGACUAAGUUUGUACUUGCUUUGUUUUAGGGUUGCACAAAGAUGUUUCGAGAUAACUCUGCCAUGCGAAAACACUUACAUACGCAUGGACCAAGAGUCCAUGUCUGCGCUGAAUGUGGCAAGGUAUGUAGCCUUGUUUAUAAUGUAUUUGGAAUUCACUGUCAUCUUUCCUGAUAUAAUGCAAAGGUCUUUCUUCCCUUAGUUAUUUUUUCAAAAAUUAUGCUGAGGAAUUUGUAAGCAAUAUUCAUUAGUGAACAGCCCUUCUGUCUGAAGUUAAUGAGUGAUUUUUAUCACUCACUCUUGGUAUCACAUCUGAUAUUGUCAAUUUCAGUUCAUUCAAUUUCUUGUUUUAGGCUUUUGUGGAGAGUUCGAAACUUAAGAGACAUCAACUUGUUCAUACUGGUGAAAAACCUUUCCAGGUAUGAGUGUUUGUUUGGUAUGGUUUCACCUUUUUAUUUUUACCCUUUGACUCCUAAGUAUGAUCAGCACCACAUUUCUCCUUACAAUAUCACCCCUGAAUUGAACAUUAGGGUCACAAGUUAGAAUAAAGAAAAUGAUCACCACCUGAGAGAAGCUCUUGAUUGAUAAACAAAUUCUUCUUGUAAGCCCCUUAGGAAGUGUAUAGAGAUAAAGUAGGGAUAAUAUGUGUAGCGACGUUGGGGUGUAAUCCCUCUGUUUAUGAUAAUACGUUUCUUGGUUGGAAAACCCAAAGAGUAGGGUGUCAUGUCAAGACAAUAUCCUUGGCGUAAUGUAGCUUAAAAAAAUGCCCAUGUUCAUUCGUGUAGUAAUAUUUUUUUUUAUUUUCAUAACAGUGUACAUUUGAAGGUUGUGGUAAGAGAUUCUCGUUGGAUUUCAACCUACGCACUCAUGUUCGUAUCCACACUGGUGACAGACCGUAUGUCUGUCCUUUUGAUUCCUGUAACAAGAGGUUUGCUCAGUCAACAAAUCUCAAGUCGCAUAUCUUGACACAUGCAAAAGGAGGGAAAUAAAAUGCUAUUCUCAAGGACUCUGGCAAACUGUACAGAUUUUCAUGGAUGGAACCUUUUUGAGUUCACAGAGGAAUCUUGUGUCAAGGGUUCCGUGCAACUUUGAUAGAAUUUCUAGAUACAGCCAUGUACAUUUUACAGUCGUUUCUUCCAUACUUACCCCUAAAUCUAGCACAAACAUGGCUUCUAUCCAUCAAGAAGGUUUCUGCUUCUAGGGAAGUCUCCUUAGAGGUUAGCAGAUUGAUUAAAGAGGACAUUGUUGUUGUUGUGGAUUGGCUCUUGAAAGUCAAAGUUGCAUAUCAGCGUAGUAGCUUUUUACUUAGUCAUCCUAAAGUAGCAGUGUUGUAAAUCAUC